AUGUCAAGGAACUUGGGCCAUGUUGACUACAUCAAUGAAUUUGAGUUUGACCUUUUCAUCCGACCCGACACCUGCAACCCACGCUUCAGAGUCUGGUUCAACUUCACUGUGGAGAACGUUCGGGAGACACAGAGGGUCAUUUUCAAUAUUGUCAACUUCUCAAAGACCAAGAGCCUGUACAGGGAUGGCAUGUCUCCUGUAAUCAAGUCUACCAGCAGACCAAAAUGGCAGAGGCUUCCAGCCAAAAAUGUCUACUACUACCGAUGUCCAGACCAUAGACGCAACUAUGUCAUGUCUUUUGCCUUUUGCUUUGACCAAGAGGACGAUGUAUACCAGUUUGCCUAUUGCUACCCUUACACCUACACCAGACUACAACAUUACCUUGCCAGCUUGGAGCGCAGAAACCUUCCCUAUCUGCAAAGGGAACAGCUUGGACUCAGUGUGCAACAAAGACGUCUAGACCUGUUAACCAUCACUACCUCAGAACACGCAAAUUCAGAAAGAGAGAAGAAACUGGUUUUUCUCACAGCUCGUGUUCACCCUGGAGAGUCUCCAGCCUCCUUCAUCUGUCAGGGUGUCAUUGACUUCCUAGUGAGCCAACAUCCAGUUGCUCAAAUCCUUCGUGAUCAUGUGAUCUUCAAGAUUGUCCCCAUGCUGAAUCCUGAUGGAGUCUUCCUGGGCAACUACAGGUGUUCCUUGAUGGGCUUCGACCUGAAUCGUCACUGGCAGGAUCCUUCUCUGAUGGAGCAACCCACUUUGCACGCUGUUAAACAACUCAUAGUUCAGAUGAACCAAGACCCGAGGGUUAGUCUGGAGUUCUACAUUGAUGUUCAUGCACACUCCACCAUGCAGAACGGCUUCAUGUAUGGAAAUGUGUUUGAAGACAAGGAGCGCGUCCAGAGACAGGCAGUCUUUCCCAGACUGCUGUGCCAAAAUGCGCCAGACUUUUCCUUUUCCAACACGUCUUUUAACCGUGACGUGGUGAAAGCUGGGACUGGUAGGCGCUUCCUAGGUGGUCUCCUUGACGACACUUCCUACUGCUACACCCUCGAGGUGUCCUUCUACAGCUACAUGACAGCUGGCAGCACCGCCUCCGUGCCGUACUCUGAGAAGUCUUACAUGAAUCUGGGCAGGAAUGUGGCUCGAACCUUCAUGGAUUAUUAUAAACUCAACGACGUCAUCAAGGACAACAUACCACAGCAGCUUCAAAGCACUGAUGUGAUGUUCCAGAUGUGCAAAAUCAACACUGGGAAGGGUGCUGACAUUGGAAGAAACACAGCGGACAGGGAAAAGGAGACGAUCCAGGAUGUCAGGCACUAGACAGUCAGACACAUAUUGAGCAUGAAUGAAACCCACAGCAUCCUUCACAGCUCAUUGUAUUUAUAAGCUCCACAUCAGUCCGAUCAACAAAUUAUUUUCA